AUAAGGUUCAAUAAGAAAACAAUAUGUACGAAAAGAUAUUUGUUUUAUUUUUGGUUCUUCAUUAUACACGAUCAGCUCUUAUAGAGUUGAGCUGUUCUGAUAUCAACACAUUCAUUAGCGGUCAAAAUGCAGUCAGAGAACUCGUUGCUGAAGGGAAAGUAGAAGGUCUACCACCGGCAGCUGAAAUGAACUCUGUGGUUUGGGAUGAAGAAUUGGCAGCAAAGGCAGAAAAAUGGGCAGCUUCCUACCCGAAAUCAGUCGACCCAGACCAAACGAUUCCCUCUCAUAGAUUUUCCGUCAGUCAAUCUAUAUCGGUUUUCCUUAGCAAUGAUCUCAAUUUUCAAAUGGAUACCGAAAAAUUACAAAUAAUGUGGUUCAAUGAGCAUGAGAACUAUACCUAUGGACCGUUUACACAGGAAACUAUUUCUCCAUCCCAUCCGCCUGUCGGACAUUUUACUCAGAUGAUUUGGUCAGAUUCUGUAUACCUAGGAUGCGCUAUGUCCGAAAAUAUUGAAGAUAAAUUAAAAAAGAUUUACAUUGUAUGUGAAUAUGGCCCGAGUGCUAAUGUUUUAGGCCAACUGCCGUACAAAGCCGGUAAGGCCAGCAAUAAGCUGAUAUGUGCAACUGAUGAAAAUCGAUGUGAAAAUCCAACUGCAAAGAAAUGUUACGAAUAGUAAAACAAAAUGAUAACAUUAUAUAAUGCAAUAAGUAUAUUUUUUUCUGUCAAAACUUCAAUAAACAAAUACACACAACUUCAAUGAAAAUAUUGUAGUUUUUAAUGACGACCUUCUUUUAAUUUUAAUUUUUAAUGCAGUAACAAAUUACACAUAAAAUGCAUGAUAAAUAAUAUCAUUUAAUAUUCAUAUAAUGUAGUUUAUUUUAUAAAAUAAGAACCUAU